AUGACACUGGAUGGGCUCAACACAUUUGCUUCCUUAUGGGUCUCUGUCUUAAAUACAAAGCUAGGUACAUCAUUCAAGCUCAGCUCCAUCAUCAAGCUCAGUGCAUCAUUCAAGCUCAGCUCCAUCAUCAGGCUCAGUGCAUCAUUCAAGCUCAGCUCCAUCAUCAAGCUCAGUGCAUCAUUCAAGCUCAGCUCCAUCAUCAGGCUCAGUGCAUCAUUCAAGCUCAGCUCCAUCAUCAAGCUCAGUAUGUCAAUCAAGCUCAGCUCCAUCAUCAAGCUCAGUCACUUAUGCAUACUCCCUUCUACUAUCAGGCUUGGUGUGUGCAAUUCCAUUGUCAAGCUUGGGAAGUUGUUCACACUCUCUUCCAUCAUCAAGCUCAAUAUGUUGUUCAAGCUUGGCUCCAUUGGUAUGUUGUUCACACUCUUUUCCAUCAUCAGGCUUAGUGUGUUCAAGCUCAGUUCCAUCAUGUACAGGACCAAGGCCACUAAUAUUGCCAACAUAGCUGUCUACCAUUCUUUCCAUGACCAGGUACAGAUGCAACAGCCCAUGGUGCAUGGACCUUCCUGCAGGCUACCAACAUGCACCAUGCCCAACCCUGGAACCCAACCAGCCCCUAGCACUGCACCUCAAGGCAGAGAAGAGAGGUCAAUGAUGACCUGGGGUACUUCUGCACUCAAAGUGUUGUGGAGGAACACAUGA